CCUCUCUUCACCAUUCUCCCCGACUCUCUCCCACCUAUUCUUACAGAUUGAACGCCCUGGCGCGCAGGGGUUGUUGGGGGCGAUCUUGGAAAGUCCUCGAACUUUGCGUCUUCCCCAGCCACUGCAGCAAUGGGCGCCCUCCUGUGUGCGGCACGGCCGCUGGACAAAGCCAUCACAGAGGCCUUCAAGUUUCCAGCAGGUCACACUUCCUGCAUUGAUUUGGGGAGUACAUUCAUUUGUCAUGCUGACAGUGCAGUGCGUGGCUUCUGUGUCAUGCGACUGAAUGAAUGCAGAGAAGAUUGAGCGCCACCAAGUCUUCACGCUGUGCCCUACACUCAAGGUGAGCUGCGGUGUGACGGCCUCGGUGCAUUGCAAUGAGAAUGCCCUUUGUGUUUGUCUUCCCUUGCCUGUGUGAAGGGCGACUUGUGGGAGCCGCCCAGGGAGGAACACGCGCCACAGCCCAACCUGGUGCAAAUGGAGCUUGAGCCAACGGUAGGCCGGCUAUGUGAGAAGGCCGCACCAGCCCAGUUGGGAUGUGUUGCAACUGUGCUGUGUGCAGCCCGAGCUGUACCCGGCAUACAUCAGCAGCAAACCUCUCCUCCUUGACGACCUUUCUGUAAGCCAUACUCCGGAGUCCCAUCCACAAUAAUAUAUGUCAUUGAGCUCCUUUGUGCCAUUCAGCAAUACAACGAGGUGCUGCUGGUCAACCCCAAUCGGCGAAGGGGAGCUUUGCGGCCGAGCAGCAAUGUCGUCAAGCGCUUCAUUGCCGUGCGGCUGCAGAAGGGCAAGAGCAGCGAAUUCGGCAACCGGGUCUUCGUGCUGUCGACGCUUGUGAGCAAGAGAUUCGCCGACAAAACUGCAGGCACGUGACACAGACGGCUGAAAUCCACUUUUCGGCUCCCUUAUGCGUGUCGGAAUGAGCUGCAUCUCUCUCUCUCUCUCUCCAUCUCUCUCUCUCUGUCCCUCAGGUGACGACUGCUUUGCCAUUCAGACCGUCAAGGUGGGCUACUGAGACACACACGCGAUGCGACAGGGGAGGGAAGGAGCCAUUUAUUUGCUGUGUGUCGUUGUCGAUUCCAUCUGGCCCUCCACAGACCUGUCAGACGUAUGCUGUGAUGGUUGCGGACGAUUCCGUCGACUCUUUCAACCGCGUCAAGGAGCUAUGGUACACAGCGUGGGAAGAUUGAGUACAACUCUUAAAUCUGUCCUUUUAUGGUCUCCUUGGUUGUGUGUCAGGGCGUGCCAGGACGGCUCCAUCAUGCGACGGAUGACCAUGAAAUAUCACUCAGGUCCGCGGAGCACCUGCAGCGACAAGACGCACAGCCUCUCCUACUGAUAACUUCCCCGCCGUAUACAUCUGUGUGUCCGCGCAGAGAAGACCAUCCCUUUGAUCAAGAUGAGAUCCGGAUCGGUGUCCGACCCACCGGAGAGCAGAACACCAUCAAGGACGCACAGCAGAAGGUCGGGCAGGCCACACACAGACAGGGAGGGAGGGAGGGAGAGAGGGACACACAUGCGUCGUGAACUGGUGUCUCUCGCCCAUACUCACAGGUUCUCCAAGCUGAUGGUCAACGAGCUGGGUCUCCCAGAAGGCCCAUCACCAGCGAAAGCCAAAGAAGUACGUCGGACACACACUCACACACGAAUGGAUGGACGGAUGGAUGGAUGGAUGUGGCUGCAGGCGUGGACGAGUCCCAUGAUAGGCAACAGCCCCGCACCAUUCGGCAGCGCCCCGUCGGACGCGAGAAAGAAGCGGCAGCCAAGGAAGCGCCACACAGUCAUAGUUGAAAUGAAGCACAGCGACGCCUCACCGGGCAGCGACUCUGAGACGCCUCGAGGCAUCACAAGCGCCCGCAAGAGCGUGCCUACGGUGUUGGAGACGAUCAGGGAGCCCAAAGAUGUGGAUAAUUCCCACUCGGUCAAGAUGGCGCGGCGGCGGCUUUCGACUAUCGCUGUGGCCAUGGAGUGACUCUGCAUGAAUAUGGCUGUGCUGUGCGUGCGUCGGGGGACGGGGGGGGGGGGGGGGGGGGGGGGGAGGAUGGGCUAUUUUUCGUCGACUGAUCGGUGCAGGACCGACAGUGUCACGUGUGUGUGUGUAUGUGUGUGUGUGUGUGUGUGUAUGUGGCGAACGUUGCUGCAUUGUAUAUUGCUCGGCAUU